GGGAGCUCGACAUCCAGUACCUCACGCCACUCACAUUCCCCCCGCUCCUUUUCACGCGCCGGUCUUCCUGAGGCUUGGAGAUCUCCUAGGUCAGCCUUGUCGAGACAGUCACGGUUGAAGGCGCUGUAGGGGUCUGUGGCGCAGAAGCCGGUCUCGAAAUGGACAGCGGCAUGCACGACAGCACCCCCCCCGACAAGGCCAGAGGUUCCAUCGUUAAUGGCGUCAGUGGCGAUGACGUGCCCGUCAAAUCAGAGUCUCCAACAACAGGCAACAAGGUAGUUGACAAUGGACCGGCCAUCGACUACAGCAAGCUGGGGAGCAGCCUGAGGGACGUCAAGAAGGAGGAGCCACCAGACGAACUCCAGCAUAUAACGGAGGGCGUGAUGCCGCUUAGUCUUUUGUUGACCAGGCUUGCCCAAUUCUCGCAUAUGAAACUCCAGGAGCUCAUCCUUGAAUUGGCAUCCAAACCUCUUCCUGAGCACACUCGUAACGGCAAUGCUAAGGGUCCCAUCAACAGCGGCAUCAAUGGCAGCGUUAACACUGCCAAUGGAGGCGCCAAGAUGCCCGGUAAUGUCUUCGAAGAUACCUCCCCCGAAAGCUUGGACAAGAAGACGAUGCUCCUGAAGUUCAUCCAAGAUCUUCACUCGAGAUGGGUCAAGGCAUUGGUCAUCACCGAGUGGGCCAGAAACGCCGACGAAGUUGGCAAGCUGAUUGACUUGAGGAUACAUCUUGCCGAAAAAUUGGAAUUGUACAACAAGGCGUUCUGGAAUAUGAUUCACGUAAAGCAAGAGAUGGCAUUCGCCAAGGUCCCGAGCCCGGACUUGAAGACUGCGCUAGAGGUUCUCAGCGCCGGAGCGGUACACUGGAUGCCAGAUUUUGGUUAUCUUCCCAAACCGCCAUUGGAGGCGCAAGAGAUAUCGCAUUGGCUGAAUGAAAUCGAGGUGACCUUGCACAUGAGACUUCAACUUCACGAGUACGAGCAGAUUCCAGAACCGUGGAAGCAGUAUAAGAUCGACAAUGGCCGAGUCACCUUUACCGUGCCUGGCGAGUUUGAGGUCGAUCUGACGAUAUCCGACGAGGAUUUCGGCACGCAGUUCUGGUUCCUCGAUUACCGCCCCCUCUUCAGCCCGGCACCCCCGAAACUCUCGGACGGAGCCAGGGGAUUCAUUGAGGGCCGGGUGAACAAGAUUCUCGAGACUGAGGGCUUACCGGGGUGCUACAAAUACCUGCAUGAGAUGGCUCUCACUGCCAAGAUUGGCGAGUUCACACGCCAGGCUGUUGAGCUCAACCGUACUGGGUUGUGGGCGGAGACAUUGAGGGUGGAGAGGCUGAAUAGGGCCCUAGGGAUUCAAUACUGGGUUCAGAGUUCGCACACCCAGGGGUCUGAAAGCUGGAUCUUACUCGGCACACAUAGCGGCAAGAACUCCGAGGGGGGCUCCGAUCCGAAUUCCCCGAGUCGCCUCGUAUUGCAGUGGUUCCGCGACGGGAAAAAGGUCAAGGAUGCCGACAUACCGUUCGAUGCGGAUAACAUUUCCACCGAGAAGUUGUUGACGGCGGUCAUUUCGAGGCACAUCCAGCACCUCCUUUCGACGAUCUUCAACACCCUUCAGGGCAAGCCCCGGUAUGCGCGGAAGCAGGGAAAGCUGGCGUUGCGCAUCUCGGACCAGCCGGGAACCGACUCCGCGCUCACAAUGCAGCUGCUCGGUAAAGCCGACGCCGUCCUCAGUAUCGGCACGUGGUCGGGAAAUUUCUAUUUCGUCGACCGGUCCCUCAUCGGGCUUGAAUGGGCACACAGGCUCAACUCCUCGCGCAACCCGGCAACCGAAGGCCCGGGCAUGCUAGAGGCCUUGAGGUGGGCUUACACGGUGCGUUACCUGAGGACGCUGCCGAAACCUGCCGAUUGGGUCAUCCUCCCGCAAGCUCCCGUCCCUUCGGACGAGGUGAAGCGCGUCGUUUACUCACAUGCUCCAACGACACGGGAGCCGUUCUACGCCAUGUGGAUGAGGAACACUCGGUGGAGCGCGCAAUGGUUUGCCAUGAUGAGCUUGAGUCUUGGCGGAGACCGGUGGUGGCUCAUCGAGGUCACCGCCGAGGGACACGGCUUGCCGGGCUUCCGUAUAAGUACCUUUACCGAGCUUCCCAUCACGCCCACCGAUCUGCUUCCACCAGCAGCUAGUCUCAUUCCGAAACUCACAAAGCACACAGCAAAUAUCAUGGCCCAGAUUGACGAUCUUCGUGGUCUCCACCAGCAACGUGUGCCGCACACCGCAAGCAAGUUCCGCGAGAGCGGUUCGUUGACAACAUAUGUGCUGUCGGCGGAUAUGUUGGCGCGCCAACCCGGUUCCGACGACGCCUCGCGAACAACGUGGGCGGCAAAGUUCAUCCCACUCGCUUACAAAGGCCCAGCGCCCGUCCCAAUAUCGGAAUACCGUGAGCUUCUUGCCGACCUCCGCUCGCCCCAGAGGCAGCCUGCACGCCAGAGGGUCAUGGUGGAGGCGAAAGUCGACGUCACAAACCGCUCCAGAUUGCAACUCCUUGAGCGCAAUCUUGAUCGGGAUGUGCUAUAUGACCACCGAGCUGGCCAAUUUAUCCUCCGACUUCAGCCGGAUAGCAGUUCUGGAGCGAUUCCCCUUCUCCGUGCCCGCAUGCAGGCUCUCGAUCGCCUUGUGGGCAUCGUUGACGGCCUCGGACGCGGCGGCAAGCAUGUGACUCCGGAAAGGAUCACUCUCCGUGAAGUCGUCUUUUCAUACAGCGCCAAGGCAUCGGCAAUUCGCGCUCCGGAGCUCUCACAACCCGAUCAAUCAUCGUCUUCAGAUGGCAACACUCAGCGGUCAUGGAAAGUGCGGCUUGGUCUUGCCGGGGAGCAAGGGGUAAAUGUCAUGCUCGAACCCGGCAACCCACAUCUGCGAGUCCUCGACUUCCUGCGGGCCACGGCCAAUUCGCCUCAAUUUAAAAAGCUCCCUUCUUGGCUGCUUUUCACGCUCCCACUUUUCGAAGCACUGGAACGGCUCCAAAUUUCCUGGGACGCUGUCCUCGCCAAAGAGCAAGGGACGUGUUACGUCUUCCACAAAUCGAUGGAUUGGGUGACAAUACGCUUUGCACUCACGGGGGCCAAAAAUCGCCGCUUGCACCUGGAUAUUCGGCCCCGCGACAAGGGCGGCGAGCUCACGUGGCACGUUUACCGUCCAGCAACAGACACGAAUGUCAACAACGAGAAUGAUGAAUUCAACAGGGUCCUGAAACAGCGCGUCUGGUCGACAAACGGUCGCGGGUUUAAGGGCCUCAUGAAUGGCGCGGCGGCGACCUGGGACGACGGGAUCGGCAAUCUUUUGGCCCUCAUUGACGAAGCGCUCCAGUCACUGGCCGGUACACCAGCGCCUCCGCAGCAGGCGCCGGCGCAAGCCCCGCAACCCACCCAACGUCCGCAACAACCUCAAGCCCUAGAGCUGCAAAAUCAGCAGCAACCACAACAGCCGCAGCAACCACAGCAACAGCAGCAACAACAGCAGCAGCAACAGCAGCAACAGCAGCCGGCUCUCCCGCUGCACGGUAGUGGCGCGCCUGGGCGAUUUCCACACCCGCUCCAGCAGGGCCAACAAGCACAGUACCAACAGCAGCAACAGCAACAGCAACAGCAAUUACAACAAGCACGACUGCAGCAGCAGAUGCAUGGUCAGGCCCAGGCGCAGGGUCAGCAGCGCGGAGGCGGCGUAGGCAACAACAACGCGCCCGUGGUGGUUCUCGACUAGACCUCAGGAAGCCAACCGGCGGGGUGCGUUUCUCUGACGAAAACCGAUCUGCCGUGACUGUGGUUGCUCUGGCCGGCUUAUUCUUCUUUCUCUUCCGUC